CCUUUCUCCCAAACCCAAACCCAAACCCAAACGCAAACCCACUGUGUCUGUUAUAAUCUCUCAUAAUCUCUCUCUCGAGUUCGUUGUUUGUCUAUGGCGGAGGGUUUUGAACCAUACCACAUACCACAACAAAGCAGAAGGGAGAAGCUGAGGGUUGUAACCACUGGUUGCGUUGGAGAUCUGCUCCCUUUAUAUGAUCAAUCGUCCUUCAUCUCUUCCUCUCCCAAUCUCUUAUCCAAGCAACCACGCAACAUCACCUCCUCAUUAAUGGCUACUGCUACUAGUAACAGUGAUUAUGCAACAGCAAUGAUAGACGAGUCGUUGGAUCUGCAGUCCGUCAAUGAUCCAGACAACAACCAUUGUAAUUUUCUUUACACACAUCAAGACCUCAGGUUCAUUCAACAUCACCCGUUCGACGGCUCCGGAGAUUUUCUCGUGUAUAAACCGGAGCCACUGGCUUUAUCUCUUUCUUCCCACAACGGAACUCAUCCUUUGCAAAAGUAUGAGUCCACUGGCUUAGAUUUUUGUCGGACUGCGGUGAUGACGCUUGGUCCGUACACAGGCUAUGCUUCGAUCUUGAAAGGUUCCAAAUUCUUGAAGCCGACGCAACAGCUGUUGGAUGAAAUUUGUGACGUGGGUUUUGGCGUUGAUUGUGGGUUGAUGACGGACCCUCCUUCAUUGGAGAACCUCAGGACGACGACAAGUGUUGAUCAUCCCAAUUGCGGUUCAGACACCAGGAAAAGGUCAAGGCUAAUCUCGUUGCUAGAUGAGGUGUACAAGAGGUACAAACAUUACUACCAACAGAUCCAAGCAGUUAUAACAUCAUUCGAAACAGUUUCUGGGCUUAGCAGUGCAGCUCCAUUUGCAAACUUGGACUUAAAAGCAAUGUCUAAGAACUUCCGUUGCCUAAAUAAUGCUAUAACUGACCAGCUGCAAUUCUCAGUGAAACCUCAUGAGCAUCAAAUAAGCUACCGCAGAGAAGAAUUGAUGUGGUCCGGAAGUUCCAACGACGGACUUUAUGGUCAAAAGGCAAUCAACAACAUGGGAUUUGUUGACCAUCAGCCUGUUUGGCGUCCCCAAAGGGGUCUGCCGAAGCGAGCUGUGACUGUUCUGAGAGCAUGGUUGUUUGAUCAUUUUCUUCACCCUUAUCCAACCGACACAGACAAGCAAAUAUUAGCCAAACAGACGGGUUUGUCCCGGAACCAGGUUUCCAACUGGUUCAUAAAUGCAAGAGUGAGACUUUGGAAGCCUAUGGUAGAGGAAGUACACACACUUGAAGCCCGCCAAGUGCACAAAGUUUCCUCACAUAUCCAGGAACAAGAAACUCCCCCAGUUAUAUCCAGAGAUCCAUCUCAUCGAAGGAACCAAGACCCUCCUUCGAAGCGCCCUAGAAAUGACUUCUCCAGUGAAAAUAGAUAUAGUGAUCAUCAUAUCAUGGAAAGAAAUAAGGAGCACAUGAACUUUUAUGGCAAUUUAUCAAUCCACGGUGCAAACAAUGGUGCAAAUGGUAAUCGUGGGGUUUCUUUGACGCUAGGCCUCCAUCAAGAUAACAAUGCAAUCACAUUGUCUGAGCCCUUUCGCUUGAAUCGCGAGAGAUUUGUUAUCAGUGGUUUGGAUGCAGAAAAUCGGCAGGUUGGACGAGAAAUUAUGGGGGGGCAGUUUUUGCAUGAUUUUGGUGGCUGAUGGUUUAGUGGUCUUUGAAGAUAUAUAUAUAAAUGCAUAUCACAUGAUAUAAAGUGGUUGAAUCCAUUUGAUUUUGUCACAUUACAUACAGCCACUUGUACAUCAUCUGUCACUAGUAGUUCUUUUUUGAGCUUGAAGAAAAUAGGUGAUAUGUCACCAACUC